AUACGACGGUAGGAGACGUAACCGUGGUGCACACAUCCUAUGGAAAAUAAAUCGACUUAUGUUAGAUGUAUGACUGAAAGAGAUCGAGAGAGGAAGCUGGAGGAAAUAAAUGAAGCAAAAACGCCAAAGGGAUAAGAGGAUUUGGGGCUAACUACCAUCAUGGGAGGUUGUUUUAGCACCUCGCAUGAUGGGACAAGUGGAAGAGGGGAAAAUACAGACGGUACAGUUGGUUCGAUGCCCAUCGGCCGAAAUCAGCCCCUGAAACCAGAGAAACCAAAAUGGAAAAGUGACGUUCCACUCACCACAGGGCAACUACAAAGCAAGCGAGAUGAAUUCUGGGAAACGGCACCAGCCUACGAGGGCAGGAAAGAGAUCUGGGAUGCCCUCCGGGGAGCGGCCUCUGCGUUGGAGUCUGGAGAUUUUGUCUUAUCUCAAGCCAUCAUUGAUGGUGCAAAUAUAUCAUGCCCUAAUGGUGCCCUGACGGAUUGUUACGAUGAGCUAGGGAACCGGUACACCCUCCCUGUCUACACACUAAGCGCGCCUGUCAACAUGGUAGAGGAAACAAGUGAUAUUGACGUGAUUGACCCUGAGCCACCAGCAGAGGGCGGCACUGAACUUACGGUCAAAUUCCGCCUUUCAUCCGGUAAGGAACUCAAAUUGAAUGUUCGGUCGACAGACACGAUAUACCAAGUUAAGAAGCGUAUCCACGGGAUGGAGAACAUUGAGCCAUCACGUCAACGCUUCUUCUUCAGCGGAAAACUGCUUACGGACAAAACACGCGUGGAGGAGGCGAGAUUAGCGAAAGGAUUCGUUGUGCAAGUUAUACUAAGCCAGCCAAAUCCAGCACCCGUUGAUGGUUAGUUCUGGAUGUAGGUAAUCUUGGUGUAUCGGCGGGUCAAACGGCACUCUCAGCUCCCGAUGCCAGAUGACAUCAUUGCAAUUUGGGAAGGAUGAUAAAAGGGUGAUGAAUUCCAUUUCUUCAUGCCUCGAUCACAUUGGCACCUUUUUAUUUAAAAAAAAAGAAAUGUGGCACUGUGAAUGAUUUUUCCUUGUAUCCUUUCCGAUUUUUUCACUUCAUCCACUUUACAGUCACGAUUCUGUCAAUGAAUUUGUUUCUACCCAGUGUGUGGUUUAACUAUCCCUGGCUUUUCGUUGUUCUUCAGCCAUAUCACUCAACAUUUUUCCCCAUUUUUUCUCUUUUCAGUAUUUAAUUGUCUUACACCAUCAAGUGUCAAGUCAGAAUAUCAGAAGUUCUUUGAUAUCUUGUUUCUUUUUUCUCUCCCCAUUUCUUGAUCAUAUUUUCAUCUCACCAGCUCUAAGCUUCAACUUUCGUGACUGUUUUCCUGUCUAUGAAUUCAAUAUUUCUAAUCCAUUUUUUUUUUAAUCGUAUGUCAUAUGUAUAAUGGAUGUCACAUGCCAAUGGAUCUCUUUGCAGGGGUAUGUAAAUUCUGAUGAGAAUGAAAAUAUACAUGUAUAUUGAAGCCGAAGCAGUAACUAAUAUA